UAAACGGCGAUCACACACAAUGAUGGACAAUCUGGGUGACAUUUAUUAUCUAGUACAAUUGAUUGCCUGGCAAAUUUUUAUAUAUCUACGAGAUUUUAUUUUCUACGAAUUUACGUGGUUCACGCCGUCAGCGGAAAAUCAUGAUGAUUCGGAGAUCCUCACGCCGCAGCAUCCGGCCGCCGAAUUUUUUGUACUUUUCACUGUUUGUGGUUUCAUCUUCGCAUUUAUGAUCCUAUCCGGGAAUUCUUCCAAGAACGAGAUGUCGAAUCACGGCAUUUAUGACAUCGAGACGAUUUCCACGACUUUUAAGAAUGAUCCGUCGUCUCUUUGGUAUUCGAAAACUGCAAACUUGAAUUUAACAAAUUACUUUCACGCUUGCGAUUUAAUCAAUUCAUCGCACGACAUCGUUCUUAAGAAGCAAAAUAUCUCAUAUCCAACUUUCUCAAAAUGCAGAAUGUCACGACAUUCAAAAACUUCAAAUUGCAGCGUGAGCUCUGUUUAUCCUCAACAUUUUCAGAAGACGCAAGUCAAGAAUUAUCCUUCUGCUCAAGCGACAUCUCGGGAAUGGUUGAUAAGACGCACCAGGAGUGGUCACGUUUACGGAAAGUACCCGAUAUAGCAAAAAAAGAAACUAUUUAACAUAAAACGUCGAUAUCGAACGUCAAAAUGA